AUGUCUCAAGCUGGAAUGAAUAAUGCCAGUAUCAGAAGGAAACUUGUGAUUGUUGGGGAUGGUGCAUGUGGUAAAACCUGUUUGUUGAUAGUUUUCGCCAAGGGCAAGUUCCCCCAGGUUUAUGUGCCCACAGUCUUUGACAACUAUGUCGCUGACGUGGAAGUCGAUGGGCGUCGCGUGGAGCUGGCGCUUUGGGAUACUGCUGGCCAGGAGGACUACGAUCGUUUGAGACCGUUGUCGUACCCCGACUCGAACGUGGUGUUGAUUUGUUUCUCUAUUGAUCUCCCAGACUCGCUGGAAAAUGUGAUGGAGAAGUGGAUUUCCGAGGUCCUGCACUUCUGUCAGGGCGUGCCUAUCAUCCUUGUGGGCUGUAAGGUUGAUCUGAGAAACGACUCUCAGGUCAUCGAGAACCUGCGCGCCAACGGCCAGGAGCCUGUAUCUCAGGGUGCUGCCCAAGAGGUCGCGGAGCAGAUCGGUGCUGUUGAGUACAUUGAAUGCUCUGCUAAGACCGGCUACGGAGUGCGUGAGGUUUUCGAGGCUGCGACUAGAGCUUCUCUCAUGGGGAAGCAGAACAAGACCAAGAAGACUAAAUCUUCCGGCAAGAAGAAGAAGAAGUGUGUUGUGUUGUAA